AUGAAUUUGCAAUUGUAGUUAGAAUUAAAGUUAAAAGACUUUGAAUAUAGAAAAUUGUAUUAACAAUUAAAUAUCAUGAAAACAAUUGCAGAAGAAAAAACUAAUAAGUUUGAUUUUAUCAAGCAAUAAUUAGCUGAAACUUUUAGUGCUUUAAUUAAAUAUGUGCAAUUAGAACUAUAAAAAUUAAAAAAAGAAUUACUUGGUUUGAUUUCUACCUAGAAAGAAGAAAUAAUUUAAUUUUAGAAUGAUAUGAUUUCUCAGUAAUACAUUUAAGAAUUAGAAUUGUUAAAUAAGUAAUAUUAUGAAGAGAAAGAGCAAUUUAAAAUAAGGAUAGAUAAAUUGAAUUAAUAGUUGAUAGAAUCUGAAAAAAAUGAAGUUUAUUUGAUGAUGCUCAAUUCUAAGUAUAUUAAAGAGAAUGAGUAAUUAAGUCAACAAUUGCUUUCUAAAAGUCGAUAAAUGAGUUAAACAGAACAAAAUUUCUAUCCAAAUAAAACAGGAUUCAUAUCAAAAUUUUUAAAUAAAUAUACAUGA